AUGAAUAAUAUUGAAGAAUUAGAUUUAUCUUCUAAUAAUUAUACAAUUUUAAAUUUAAAUAUAUUGAAUGAUUUAAGAAUGUUACAAAAACUUUACAUAAAUAAUAAUCAAUUGAAAGAAAUUGAUUAUAAACAUUUAAGAAUAUCUAAAAGAGGUUUUACAAUUAAUAUUAUUGAAUUACCAUAUUAUGUACAAAGAUCACAUUAUAAUGAUCGACUUUACCAUAAUUACAAUGAUGAAGACUCAAUUAACGGUAUUAAAUGUGUUUCAAAGAAUAAUGAAAUCAUAUUAACAACAACAACAGCAUAUACAACACUUCAUAAUGAAAUACCGUCAACAACAUCAACAACUAUAUCAACAACUUCAUCAACAACUAAAUUAACAUCAACAUCAUUAAAGACGACAACCUUAUUAGAAGAAGAUGGUUCUAAUGAAAAUUACUUUGCAGCAAGUAAUAAUAAUGAUACAAGUAAUGAAGAUAUUAUACAGUUAUCAGUUAGCUCAAUUGAAAAUCAGAACUCAAAUAUUAAAUAUCAAAAAAUUCCGUUACAUAGUUCCUUAAAUAUUAAGUUAGUGUGA